AGGCAGGACUAACUCACUCGGUUCGAGGUUUUUCUGGUAAGCAGAUAUCAUCUCCUUUCUCUACACUACUUUUCUCUCUACUAUUCCAGCCGACUAGCAAUUGUGUCUUGUGUUAUCGGACGUGACUCAUCGGGCAGCCCUUGAUAAGCCGCAAUUUUCUACCCUCCAUCCCCCCGUUCCGACAGUCGAUCUUGCAUUGGAUUCAUACGAAUUAGAGUGCUAACUUGGCUUCCCUUCAUAUAAGCUAGUAGCAAAAUGGCCUCCAUUUAUAUUGACGAAGACGUUGGUCGAGACGACCCCGCCGCGACAGGCGCCGAGUCCGCCCCCUACAAGACCCUGGUGUAUGCCUUGUUGCAACAUGCCCCCGGCGAGGGCACACAAUACCUGACCCGCAAGUCUCAGACGGAACCGACCGACAAGGAUGCCGACCCCGCAUCCAAGCUGGAGUGGAAGCCCGCCACCAAGUCGGCGAUGAAGAAGGCCACCACCCUCUGCGAACAGCGGAAAAAGAAGGCCGCCAAGGAGCAGGAGCUGGCCAUCCGCGAGAAGCAAGAAGCAGAGAAGCGCAAGCUGGUUCUGGAGGAGGCCAAGAAGGUCGUUAUCAAGGAAGACCCCUCGCUUCCCAAGCCUGUCAAGAUCAGGCUCGACGUGACCGACCCCGAGGUCGUCACCCUACGCACCCCCGAGUCGGAGACUCCCGGCACUCGCGUGCGCGUCCUGGGCCGCGUUCACCGUCUCCGCGCCCAGAAGGAUGUCAUUUUCAUCACUCUGACCGAUGGCUAUGGCUAUCUGCAGUGUAUCCUGGCCGGUGACCUGGUCAAGACCUACGAUGCGAUGACCCUGACUCUCGAGACCUCCCUCGCCAUCCACGGCGAGAUGCGUGCCGUGCCGCCCAAGCAGCACGCCCCCAACGACCGCGAACUGCACGCGGAUUUCUUCACGGUCAUCGGUCGCGCCGCCGGCGACAAGGAAGCCAUCACCACCCGUGUCGCUCACGAUGCCGACCCACAGACCCUGAUGGACAACCGCCACCUGGUGCUGCGUGGCGAGACGGCGUCCUCGGUGAUGAAGGUCCGCGCCGCCGUGCUACGAGCCUUCCGUAAGACGUUCGAAGCGAACCGCAUGCUCGAAGUCACCCCUCCCGCCAUGGUUCAGACGCAGGUCGAGGGCGGCAGCACCCUGUUCGGGUUUGACUACUACGGCGAGAACGCCUACCUGACCCAGUCAUCCCAGCUGUACCUGGAAACCUGCCUCCCCUCGCUGGGCGACGUCUUCUGCAUCUGCCCCUCCUUCCGCGCCGAGAAGUCCCUCACGCGCCGCCACCUGUCCGAGUAUACCCACAUCGAGGCGGAGCUGGACUUCAUCACCUUCGACGACCUGCUCGACCACCUCGAGGAGGUCAUCUGCCGCGUCAUCGACCUGACCCUUGCCGACCCGGCCGUCGCCAGCGCCAUCAAGCAUCUCAACCCUGACUUCAAGGUGCCCAGCCGGCCCUUCAAGCGGAUGCGCUACUCGGACGCCAUCCAGUGGCUGGUGGAGCACGAGAUCCCCAACGAAGAGGGUAACCCGCACCAGUUUGGCGACGAUAUCGCCGAGGCAGCGGAACGCAGAAUGACCGACAUCAUCAACCAGCCCAUCUUCCUCACCCACUUCCCCGCCGAGAUCAAGGCCUUCUACAUGAAGAAGGACCCGCAGGACCGCCGCGUCACCGAGAGCGUCGAUGUCCUUAUGCCGGGCGUCGGCGAGAUCGUCGGCGGCAGCAUGAGAAUGGACGACUGGGACGAGCUCAUGGCCGCCUACCAGCAUGAGGGCAUGGACCCGAAACCUUAUUACUGGUACACCGACCAGAGAAAGUACGGAACCUCUCCCCAUGGUGGCUACGGUCUCGGCCUGGAACGGUUCCUGGCCUGGAUGUGUGCGCGGUACACCGUGCGCGAGUGCUGUCUGUACCCUCGCUUCACGGGCCGCUGCACGCCAUAAACGAUAGAAGCAUGUAGAACUUGAAUUAUAUGAUCAGAUAAGAAUAAGAAUUGAAAGAAGUUCAAGAAGGAUUUGAUCUUGCAUGUUUAGUCCCACGGAGUAUAUCAACUCGUUAUGAAACCAGUGAUGAUCUUAAUAUGGACCCAAGAUCCGAAGGAAUCAUCUCGAUACGACAUGUCAUGUCAUUGGCCGCCACUUAGCGAUCUGACAGGGGUGAAUUGGACAUCACCUCCAGGCUUCAAGGGUUCAGCCCUGGAGCUCAAGAAGAGAGGAAAAUCUACAUAUGCAAUGUCUAAUGGAUAUAGAAUAUAAAUAUAGAGUAAAUGGUUAUGCUAG